AUGCCCUUGCUUGACACUGACAGGGACAAAAGAAGAUUCCCACAACGUGACUUCAAGGUUUCAAAAAGGUAAGUUUAUGUAAUUCUAUUCAUUUUGCCUUAUUUUUUUCUUUCAGGAGUUUCUGUUUCUCAGCCAUGAUUUGAUUUAAUUUUUAUUAUUUUAUAGUGACAUCAAAACCAUCGAGGUAUUCAUUAAAGAUUAUUUGAUCCUACAAUAUAAAGGAAAAACUAAUAAGGUAUAUAUUGUAUAUUAAAUUUAUUUCGUAGAUUUUAGGUCAUGUGUUUAUAUGCGUCAUCAUAUGCAUGACGUUCUUCAGAAACUAUCGUCUUCUGUUGAUUUGUUUAUAGACCUUUAUACGCCCGCUUGAUUAGAAAUUUUUACCCAUAUAUUAAAAUUGGUCAAUUAGAUAUGAAAGAACCCGUCCUUAGGCACUCCAUCCAGUAAGAACCUGCAAUAAAGACUCAACUAAACUUAGUCAAUGUACAUUUUUAUUUCAGAUCAAAAAGCCACCACUCACAACAGUAGAGAAAUCUGUAUUCUAUGAGCAAGUUUCCACGAAAUUAUAG